CCCAGUUCUUGUAUGUCCAUGAACAUAGCCCAUAUUCUGUUUACAUUGGCGAAGUAGCUAACUAGUAGGUCUCCUUUUCGCUGUCUUUCAAGUGAAAGUUUUUCCAAAUGACGCGUCGUUUCAACAAGAGUAUGGGGAUGUGCUUACCGUGCCUUGGUGGAGCUGCAGACGACGUGGUACCGACACCAGACCCAGAGACAAGGAGACGUCAGCUAGCAGAGGCAGCUGAGAAGAGACAGAAAGAGACAACCUACAGGGGUGUCAAAAACCCAGAAGCAGUUGAGAGAAAGAAAAAGAAACAGGAGGACAUGAAGAAACAAGAGAUGACCACGUCUCCGUCUGGAGGAGGAGGAGGAGGAGGAGGGCUGAAGUGGCAGGUGGGCUAAAGAUCGACAGACAUGGAGAGAUUCUGAAAGUCUCAAUCUACCCUGAGGUUCAACCAACAACAUGAAGAGUAUUGGUACCAGUUGACUUGAAAAGGCCUUUUUUGGCUAUCUGUCCUUCUUCUAACAAUGUUUUUUAUUUUAAAUACAAGCUUUUUCAGAGGCAGUAGGAUAGUUUUGUCGUGUUUCGCGCCGGUAGAAAGAAAGAUUCUGCUGCUCGAUGUUGGCCGUGUGCAGCGCAGUACAUGCCUCCCCUAAUGCCAAGACGUACAAGAGAUAUACAAGCCGGCCAAUGGAUCAUUGGAACAGACAGGGUGACUAUGACGCUGCUAUGAGUAGCAUAUACACACUUAGAGGAAAUAUGCUCACAGUAAAUCUAUAAACUGUACCAGGCGUCUUGCCACUCUCUCUCUCUCUGCUCUCUCUCUUUGCCACGCCCCUUCUCUCUCCCCUUAUCCCUCCCUCCCCCUUCUCU